GCGUCACGGCCAGUUCCGGCGCGGGCAGUUGGAAGGCGGGCAUGGCGGAGCUGGACUCCUCGCUCAUGCUGCUGGAGGCGGGCGGCGGCCGGGACCCGCGGCCGCAGCUGGCGCCGCCGGCAGGGCAGGCGGAGGGCGACGAGGACUUGAUGCCCAUGGUGUUCCUCUGCGCCGGCUGCAAGCGGCCCGUGGGCGACACGCUCAGCUGGGUGACCAACGACGAGGAGACGGGCUGCGUCGUGCUGCGCAGUGCCUCCCCCAGCGUCUCGGUGGACAAGGAGCAGAAGCUGUCCAAGCGGCCCGGAGAGUGCGGAUGCAUGAUUGAGACGUUGUUCUGCUCCGGCUGCUCCAGGACGCUCGGCAGCAUCUACAGGUGCACCCCGAAACAUCUGGACUACAAGAGGGAUUUGUUCUGUUUCAACGUUGACUCGAUUGAAAGUUACACUUUAGGAUCUUCAGAAAAGCAGGCUGCUACUGAUGAAGAACCUCUAACUCUUGAAAGUCGAGCUGCCUUGGAAGAAGCACUAGAAAGGGCAGACACCAUACUAAAGGCUCUGGAGGCGAGGAUGACUGCUGUUGAAGCAAGUAUUGAAUCUCUUCACGAUGUCUGAUUCUCUUCAAAAUAAUCUUUGGAAGAGAGCUUCCUGCAUCUAAACUAACUGCUGGAGAAGGAUAUGUGUGAAACUUGUCCUUCUAAUACUUUGGAAUCUGUGGGAACACUGUGAAAGCUGAACAAAGAAAUGAAAGACAGAAGGGGCUGCUAUAGUCAGCAUUGUUCUACUGCAACAGUUCUUCACCACUGAGUGCCUUCUCCUUUAAAGAGAAUACCCCAGGGAGAGUUUGUUUGUAUAGACUUUUGUUUCAUAUGUAAAUAUUUAUUUAAAUUUUUACCUCUGACAGCAAAGCAUUUAUCUCCUGAAUUCACUGUAAACCUGUAUCUGCUGAACUAGGUUUGUAUCUUUCCUAACUGAUUAAAAAAAAAAAAAAACAAACCUCUGACUUCAGUUGAAGUAGCAAUAUAUGUUACUUUCUUGUCUCUACAGCCUUUGCUUGACCUGUGCUCAGAGACAGAAAUGGUCCAGUAACAUUUUUUUGCAAGCUCAAGGCUAAAAUGAAAUAACUGUAAAGAAGGCUUUAAAAGCAUUUGAUUAAAUGGCUUUCCAUUCAAUACUGAAGGUCAUGUGUGACAGCUUCAAGGGAAGGAAAACAAACAAGGCUGGUGUGUGUUCGAGCAGUGAAUUCAGCGCUAAUUAAGAGUGGUUGUCAUUACUUUGUUUCAAUGUAGAUAUUUUGGCUUUUACUUUGUUCUUCUGUGUAUUUAGGCAUUAGGGUUUCUGAUAUGGUGUUCAUGUUCAGUGACUUUUUUCACCAAUAAAACAAAAGAAAAGUAAAUGAAAAUA